CUCUAACUUAAAAUGAUUUUUCAUAUUUUAGGGAGCAGGCUAGCAGGCAGGGCCCAUUACCAACAUCAUAGGAACCUACACAACACAAAACACUGUUGCUGUAUGUAGGUUUUAUUUUAAUUGUGUGUGCAUAUAUAUAUAUAUAUAUAUAUUUGUUUCUAAAUAUAUAUCCAGGUUUUUUUCCCUUUAAAAUUUUUGGGGCCCCCAAGAGUGGGGCCCUAAGCUACAGCUUGUUUAGCUUAUCCGUAAAUCAGGCAGAACCAGGCCAGGAUUUUAAGAUUUGCUCGCCGUCCCAUCGCCAGAUUUGUCACUUGGGGAGCGAUGACAUAUACAUUUUGCCCUCGAGCUUUCUGAACGGUGACUUAUUUACUGCUCCGCCCGCUACAACUGCGUCUCAUUUUUAUCUAGUUUUCAGGGGGGGGGGGAAACGCCAUUGACCGUUGCUGUGUUUUUAUGCCAACCGUUUAUAGAGAUUCUCAUGACUGAGAGAUGCGCAGUUGCCCCUCACGAAACCAUUCGGGCGCCGUCUUCCUCACAGCGCGACCGAGAAGAAAGUGGGAGAGGAAGCCGCCUCAAGCCUCAGCGAAGCGCCGGGCGGGCCGCGCGUGCGCACUACUAGGCCACACCGCCCCCUCAGCGGAGAAAGAGGGAAAGCGGGGGGAAGGGAGGUCGAUCACGUGCGGCGCACCCCGCCAAGCCCGCCUCCUCGGCGCGCUGGUUGGCUCCCCGUUUCCGUCCCCCUCUCAGCCGGUUGGUGGCGCGGCGCCGUCGCUCUGGGGAGCUUUCCGUCUAAAAGGAGCGGGGAGGCAGUGCUGGAGUUGGCAGGUUCGCGGAGGCCGGAAGUCGUAGCCGAGUCCGUUAAACGGUCUUUCCUUGAGCGCUCUUCGGCUUCCCGCUCCCGCGCGGCCCGUUUGCUUCCGUUGGCUCCUUCCUGCCCCGCCCCUCCCUCCUCUUGCGCCCACCAUGGCCGAGUUCGAUCUCUUCAGCUCCCCUCAGCCGGCGGCGGGAAACGGAGCGCUGGGCGGCGGCGGCGGCGGCGGCGAUGAGGACCCGGCCGCCGCCUUCCUGGCCCAGCAGGAGAACGAGAUCGCGGGCAUCGAGAACGACGAGGGCUACAGCAUCCUGGAGAACGGCGAGGUGCCGGCGGGGAUGCAGGAGGGGCUGUCCGCGGGUAAGCCGGGGGGGGCGCGGAAAGCUGCGUUCACGUGAUGGCUGGCACGUGUGAACGGGCUGACGCGGGUAUAGUUCCUCCUCCACGGCUUAGAACUCUUGCAGUAUUGGAGGGGGGGAUGGCAACUAUGGGGUAGCGCGUUCAUGUGGCGCUUGUUCGGAGACGGGGCGGAGUAGAGAUUGGGGGAGCGAAGGUAGUGAGGUGUAGUGGUUAGAGCAUGCUAAGCAGUGUUCGAAACUGAGCUAUGAAAGCUUAGGAGCUAAAUGGCACCUUAAACCUAGGUUAUGGGUGCAACAAUGGAACGUCUAGGCACACUUUUUAAUAAGAAUACAAAGUGGAAAAUGAAGGAACUGCAGCUAAAAUAUUAAGUUCAUUUCUCACAUGGUUUAGUCCUUCCCCUGCUCCCCCCCCAAUAUUCUUAAGAGCAGGGGUAGGCAACCUAAGGCCCGGGGGCCGGAUCUGGCCCAAUCACCUUCUAAAUCCGGCCCGUGGACGGUCCGGGAAUCAGCAUGUUUUUACAUGAGUAGAAUGUGUCCUUUUAUUUAAAAUGCACCUCUGGGGCAUAGGAAUUCAUUUAUUAUUUUUUUCAAAAUCUAGUCCAGCCCCCCACAAGGUCUGAGGGACAGUGGACCGGCCCCCUGCUGAAAAGGUUUGCUGACCCCUGGAUUAGAGAGUCUUACCUGGGCGAGACCAGUGUUCAAAUCCCCCACUCAUGGCGUGACCUUGCGACGGAGGCCAGUCAAUGCCUCUCAGCCUAGUCUACCUCGCAGGGUUGCUGUGGGGAUGAGAUGAGGACGGGCGGAACCAUAUGCGAUGCCUUGAGGUGCUUGGGAGGGAAAUGCGGCCAGUCAAGUGACUGGAUCUCAUCCAUUUGCAUAGCCUGCUUUCGUCCCUACUUCUGGAACACGAGAAUCACAUACAAUACAUACAAGCUGCUACUUAUUACAUGUGUGAACCGACAUGAUCUGCCUUUAACUGUUUUCUGUAGUCAGUUUAAAUUGUUCAGCAGAUCCAGCAUUGUGUGACCCACCCGAGAGACUCUGUUCAACAAAAUGUUCUAAGUCAAUAAAUAUAGUAAUUAUAUUUGAAAUGUAUAGCGCUUUGAUUUAAUGUUCUCCUUUAGUGAAAUAAAAAAGAUAAAACGUUUAUUAAAAACUUACCCACACCAGGAUUCUGCAGUUCAGAUUUGCUGCUUCUGAGGCAGCCUCUACACACAUCUUAAGGAUCAAUUCUCUUCUGUCCUCGUAAGUUUUUGGAUUCAGCUGGGUAUAUUUCUUAACUAUUUCACCCUAAGUGAGAGGGAAACACCAUUAAGCUUCUCAGUACAUACAAGCUGCUACUUAUUACACUUGGGCGAUUGCAUGUGUGAACCCAACACAGAGAGGUCCUAAGGCGCUCCUCUUGCUUCAGGCAGAAAAUCCAAGCUGCUUCACUCUCCUUGCACCUCUGGUGUUAGUAAAAGUAACCGGAGCAAGAGUAGCCUUUUAAACAAUAACCUCCGGCCCCCAAAUUUGGUGCUUGAUGCAUUUAAAUGGGGGGAGGGCAGUGGUGGUUAUUCAAGAGUCAAGGAGAGUUGGUGAUGCAAAGGCGCAGGGCUACUGGUCUCUUAUUCUCACUUCUCUGAUUGCUACUCUUUAGUUUAGAUCCUGAUCCCAAUUAGCUGGGCACAGGCCCCAUGGAAUCCAAUAGGACUUACUUCUGAGUAGACGUUGUUAAAAUUGUGCUUCUAAUCUUUUUCCCUCUCCUCCCCAUCAUUUUCAUUAGUGGGCAGCUGCCUUCCCUUCCCACAUUUAUUUAGGAAAUGAAGCCCUCCAGUUGUUUUUGGUUUUUUUUAAAAUCACUCUUUUGGAUCCACACCCAAUAUUAUGGCUUCCCAGCAAUUGGCAAGCCAGGAGGCUUUGGGUUACCUGUAGGUAGGGUUUGAUGGAGAUGCCCAUCCCUGUGUUUAUUUCAUUUUAUCUUCUCAGAAGACACACGCUCUCAGAACAUGGCGACUCUUUUUAAAUAAUUUCACCAAAAAUGCUGGCUUAUACAGUAUAGUGCAUCUUAAAUACGCAAAAUACUCUCAGUAAACCUUUUACAACAGAGGCUACUUUUGCUGAGGCACAUUUUGGUGAUUGUGAAUUGCAGUGUCAAAUCGCACUUAGGGCUGUAUAGCAGGCUAAUGGGGGAGAUGAGGCCAUUAGCUGGAAAAGCUCAAGCCAAACUCUUAGUCACGUAGAAUUAUAGUCUUGUAGAGUUUUAUGGUACCCUGAGGAUCAUCUAGUCCAACCCCCAGUGGGGCUCAAACCACAACCUUGAGAUGGAGAAUCUCAUACUCUACCAAUCACCUGCUGUGCUAGUGUUGCUCAGGUUGCAGUUGUAACCUCCCAAAGCUUAACCCCACCCACCCUGGUUCUUAAAAACAUGACUCUUUUAUUUUUGUCACUCAGUUUCUGCAGGUUUCAUUAUAGUAAAUCUCUUCAAUUCUGUCUUAUCCUCUGUUGAUAGAUAUUUUCUCGGUCAUACUAAAGCAAUAACUUGACUGUUCUGUGGUUUCCUGUUGAGUUUUUUGAUCACGUGACAUAAGUCAGUUAACACAGCUCCAAUAUUUUAUUUAUUUAUUUUAAAACUUGGACCCUGCAUAUUUUCAAGAAACCCUCAAGGUGUGUUUUUUUUACAGCAUUAAAAUGGCCAGACGAGAGAGAGAAUACACACGCUAUUUUAUGGAAUUUUGUUCAUCUGUUUUAUAUACAUCACAGUGGACUCUACUGGGGGAAGAAAAUAAUAAAGAACAAAAUAUAAAUUAUAGACAUAAUUAUAAAACAUACAGAUCAGCAGCAUUUAAGACGGUAAUAAUGAGAAAUUAUCAUUAACAAAACUCCAGAAAGCAAUUAAAUAACAAAGCAGUGAUCAAAAAAAGGAACAACAGUAAUUAUAGCAGCAAAAACAAAAGGGAAUAGGAAAUGUGGGUUAAGUAGUGCUUGAGGGAGAAUUUUUUUUUAAUCAUUGUAUGUUUUGUGGACUUGGAGGCUCUUCUGAGUUCUGAAAGGUGGUGUAAAUUGAUUUUAUAAAAACUGGAGGUGAAAUAAUUUGCAGCAACACAAGAGAUUACAGCAAACGACUUAACACACAACUGCAAAGCUGUCAAAUGUAAUUUAGACUAGCACAGAACAUUGGUUGCGUUGUACUCGCAGCAACGAUAACACGUGAUCACUUCCCUCUGAAGCAGAACUCAGCCUAGAUCUGCCCAGUAGCAAUUUUUCCUUUCCUGUGAGAGCUGUCGUGCCCACAACAUUGGGUGUCUUCUGCUAUCUGCAGUUUUGGCUGAUUAUUCUCACUGAGAGGCAGGAUUAACUAUGGAUUGAGCUAGUUACAGGCAGAGGGCCUUCUCGGUAGUGGCGCCUGCCCUGUGGAGCGCCCUCCCAUCACAUGUCAGAGAUAAACAACUACCUGACAUUCAGAAGACAUCUUAAGGCAGCCCUGUUCAGGGAUUUUUUAACGUGUGACAUCUUAGUGUAUUUUUUGUCUUUGUGGAAGCUGCCCAGAGUGGCUGGGGAAACCCAGCCAGAUGGGUGGGGUACAAAUAAAUUAUUAUUAUUAUUAUUAUUAUUAUUAUUAUCAGCAAUAAAUGAACUUGUCGAGUGCUAGAAUGAUUUGGGUAACGUGGUGGAGCCCAGUGAACUGAGUAGUACUGUAUUUCUAAAACUAAAAGUACUGGGUUUCCUUUGAAACUUAAAAAAAAGAGAGAGACUAAUGGAUAUGGACUAAUUCUUCAGAAAGUAUUUCAGAGACAUGAAGCAAACGGCUGAUUCUCACUACUGACAUUGCCAACUGGUUAGAUCCAUACCAGUAUCAUCUCAGUGUACUCUUGAAACAGGUCUCUUGUAUUCUAGGCAUCUCUUAGCUCUUUUUAAAAAAAGAAUACCUAGAUGCAGGUUCAUUGCAGCAGUAAAUGAAAGUAUUAAAAUGUCUUACGAUAAAGAUAAGCUGCCCAGUACUAGUUCCUUGGAGUGUGGUUAAACUGACAGCAAUAGCCCAGCACCAAACAUAAGUAUUGGGCAUAAAUAACGCUGACUCUGCAGCCUUACCCAGCUAUAUUUCUCCCCAGUGAGCUCAUCUCUGGUAUAUCUAGUGCAGCUGAAGAAACGUGAUGUUGCAGGCAGAUUUGGGGGAAGUAAGACAUUGGUUUGGAGGCAAUUAGACUUCCCCAGCCUUUGUCUUUCCUUAAAAUGUUUCUCCUCCUACUCUCCUUUAUAUAUAAUUGAGGGCAUUCCAGGUUUUAAGCACAUGGAUAUGUUGCAUGCCAUGCCAUGCAUUUUCUCCAUUCUGGAUGCUUGGAGUUAUUAAAUCAACUGGUUGACUUAUCUUCCAUCAGUGCAGAAAGGUGUUGGCUUCCUCUGGGACUGAAGCACACUUGGCGCUAGGAAUUGGGAAAGCAAAUGGUAAGGUGAAAUGGAGCCAAACGAACAUCUGGUUUUUAAGAAUUGGCAGUUCUCUGCUGCUUCACUUUUUCUAAAAACAAAAACCUUCAUCAUUAGGUUGAAACAGUUGAUUGGAGAAUUCCAUAUCUGCUGCCAGCUGCCUUGUAAGAAGGAAAAGACGUUUGAGAGAUGGAUUCUUCUUCUCCAGCCCCUGUGGUUUUCAAAUUGUAAGCAGGAAAAGACAGGCUCAUCAGUGAGAUCAGUAUUUAGCAGAUCACUUGCCCAUGCGACACUGGAGAAGAUGACGAAUGGGUACCACUACGAGAGAGCAUUGACUAUGUUCUAAAUCACUCUUCCAUGGGUAUGUGGUUGGACACUCAACAUGGCCACUGGACUAGAUAGGCAUUUAGGCUGACCCAGCUCCCGUAUUUUGCAGGGCAGCAAUUUACACUUAACAGACCUAGUUAGUGCCACGUGUGAGCCAAGGGUAUCUCUAGAACAUGCCCCAGAAGCAGCUGUAGCAUGCUGGUGUAGUUUGGCAGAUGCGCACAAGUUUCAUCAACCCAGAAGUGGUUUCCUGAAGGUAAAUGUUUGAAUAGCUACUGGCCUACUUUAUUGGAGGUUAUAGCACUGGCUGUUGUUUUUUAAAGCCCUAGAUGGGUCAUGAGUGGGAUACUGAAGCAAUUGCUGCAUCCUAUAUGGUCCUUCCUGUCUCUUAGGAUCAGAAAGGGAGGCCCUGCUGUAUGAUCUGGUAUGUUUGGCGGGCAUAUGAAAAAGGGCAUUUCCCAUUGUUUCACUAGGGUUGUGAAACCUGCUCUAGGAUAUUUACCAGGACUGUUUUCCCUGGUGUCUCCUGAAGACAUUCUGGUUUCUUCAGGCAUUUGGAUGUGGUGUUAAAAGUGGCUUGACUUGCUCUUAAUUUAAACUGCUGGUCGCUUGGGAUCUGCUUUUGAAAAUGGAAAAGUGGGAUCGAAAUUAAGUGCCCCGAUCUCAAUAGUUUAUUUACUGUUAGCACUUCAGAGAAAGACGCUUACUAGCACUAUUAUCUUUGGCGAAAUGACCCACACACUGUUUAAAAAACAGGAAAUGGUAGUAUAGAAAAACAAUCUUUUGCACUAUAAUGGGAAAACAUUUUCAUGAAAUGUGUGCUUUUUGUGACCAAGUACAUGACAAAUAUGCUGAUAGGAAGUUUGACUUGGACUUAAUUCUUGUUUCAGGUGUACUGGGCCAAACCUUCAGAAAUAGGAUUCACUUUAAAUCUGGACAGGCUCUUUCAUCAACUUACUAUAGUUGAUGGAUAGAAAUAGGGCAUGUAUUAAUAACGAAGUUGCCAUUUUAUGCAAGCACAGUGGGACUUGCAUUCCACUAAGCUUUUGUGGAAAGAUAACCAACUAGACUUGCUUAAGAGGUACUAAUGAACUCUUUUUAUCUUAGAAUUCUGAAAGGCUUUGCUUAUUUUUGCAUGUAGAAGUUGCCUUUCUGCAGGUUGAUAUAAAUAGGGAAAGAGAAGCAACGAAACUAGUUAAAACACUAACAGUACCCUCUCCCAUUGCAUACAUGGCAUUUGCCAGGAUCCAUCCCCUCUUCUGUUGAGGUGAGAGGUAAGUAGUAACCUGAUUGGCUACCGAGAUGCCUAAAACUUGUGUACCCCUACCAGUGAAUUUUUACUUUCAUUUGUGAUACACUGGUAAAUAGAAAUACGUUGGCAAAGGCUGUCCAAUUUCUUUCUUAAUGCAGAGCGAAAUUAACUAGCUACAUGGGGACAAACUGCUUUUUUGCACCCUUGUUAAUUUUAAGCACUUAAGCAGGGAGAGCAGCUGGGGAUUUUGUGGAUUUACUUUUUAUAACUCGUAACCUUCCAGACCAUCUUAUUCAAUUUGUUGCUAUUGAAAUGUGUGGCUUGUGCCAAGCUCGACUCUGAUUUGGAAUGAAAUACGGUAUCCCAGCGGUAGUUGUGGCAUCUUAGGUGCUUUAUUGAAACUACAGUGUGAGUAAAAUUACAUAGUAAGAAUGACUGUUUUACGAGUGGGUGUCUAUGAAAAGAUGCCCUGGAGUAUUCUGUAAGAGAGCUGAUGACUCAGUAGCUUAGCAGCAUUUCUCAUAUCUAAAAAGAACAAUGUGGAUAUCCUGCAGUGAUAGGUGAUGGAGAGAAAAUAACAUUUCUUCUGAUUUUCUAAAACUGAAUUUCCCAGCGAUCUUAAAACACAGUUUGUAUUACUACUGUCAUUCUCAUUUCUGGAUAUUCAAUAUAGAUAAGCACUUCUAAAAGCAAAUAUUCAAAUGUUUUAUGAACAGCCAUUGACAGAUUCCUGUAGCUGUCAAUAUGACUGCAUCACCACAUAGGCCUGGUUGAAAUACUUACCUGGGCAGUAGUUCUUGGGAGAUGGAAAGGUGGACAUGCACCCUUCUCCUCUGUACACCUAAAGCAUGGGUAGGCAAACUAAGGCCCAGGGGCCCAAUCACCUUCUAAAUCUGGCCUGUGGGCAGUCUGGGAAUCAGCAUAUUUUUACAUGAGUAGAAUGUGUCCUUUUAUUUAAAAUGCAUCUCUGGGGUAUUUGUGGGGCCUGCCUGAUGUUUUUACAUGAGUAGAAUGUGUGCUUUUAUUUAAAAGGCAUCUCUGGGUUAUUUGUGGAGCAUAGGAAUUCAUUCCUUCCCCCCAAAUAUAGUCUGGCCCCCCAACAAGGUCUGAGGGACAGUGGACCGGAUCUCCUGGAAAAAGUUUGCCGACCCCUGACCUAAAGUAAUGUAUUAUAGUCUUUUACAUGGAAAUCCACAUGUACAGUUAUUCUUCUGAAAUAAAGGGGCAAUAAAGGAUAAUGGAAAUUGAGUCUCCAUGGAGCCGCUGCAUAAUAUAUUACUUUGGUUGCAUUGUGGAGAAGAGGUUCAUGCUCUCACAUGACUGGAUUGCAAUGCAGGUGAGUGUCAGAGUUCUGCUCUGCAUCUUCCCAGUGUGGGCCCCCAUUAUGUUCCCACUUCGGAACUUUAUUUUUAUUCUAAGAAUAUACUCAUUGGCACACUAGUACUUCACUUAUUUAUCAGAGUGGACUGUGUGGGGUGAAGAAACCAUGUCUGCCCCCCAUUUUUGAAAAUAUAAAGCCUGGCUGUCACCCGGAUCUGUCUUGUGCCUUAUGCAUAUUCCUGGUUAGGCAAGAAGCAGAUGUAAAGAGUCUUUAUAUUAACAAAGCUGGAAAUAAAUUUUGCACGGUGUACUAGAGUCUAUUGAAGCCAGACCAACAUAAACUGCUUUUCCCUUUUACAUGCCUUUGAGAGAACACCAUAUUUAGCAGUUGAGGACAGAAUCUGUUAUUAGCAGAAGAUGACUUUUUGCAUUUUUGAGACUUGUACUCCCUUAAACUUCUAGCCAAUACUACACAAUUGGGCUUCAGUUUGCUUACCAUAGUAUCCUAUUAUAUAUGAACUGGGAAAUAGUGUUACCAGUGUGAGGAGAAAGCAGUUGCUUUCAAGUCCUGGUUUGCUCCAUUCCUCAAACCAGUUUCUCAGAAACUGUGGUUAAAUUAAUCAAACUGUCUUUAGCGUGCAGCUUUAAGGCUUGUGCACAUUGUUGAUUAAUAAAGUGGAUUAGUGAGUUUGCAUUUGUUUGCCUCUCUUCAGGCCUCUGAAUUGCUGCGUUGGAUUACUUUGCUCGAAACAUUGUUCUAGGGAAGAGAUGAGGUCAUUGAUAUAGAGCCUCAUGUCGCAUAUAUUUUCAUUUUCCCCAUUUUUGAUGUUUUGCCACAAGGGUUGGCAAUCUUUUAGCCCCAAGAUCCACGUAAAGUAGCGGCUGGGCAGUUUGGCGUAGGCUGGCACAAAUGAGAAUGGCAGAAGCUCUAGUGUAUCUUAAACAUGUUCUUUUUUCUUCUUCACAAUAAUGUUUAUUAAUUUUCAUACAAAAGCAUAAUUUUUAAAAAACAGAAUAGACAAUACUAAAGGGGGGGGGAAGAAGAAAAAAGAAAAAGAAAAAAAAGAAGAGAAAAUAAAGAGCAUAAAAUACUUCCCACAUCCCAUAUAAUACUACAUACACUAAAACCUAAUUAGUUAAUUAAAAUCCAUCUUCAUAAGCAUAUUACUUGACUUCCUCUGAUCUCUUCCAUCUGAAUUUCCUUGUAAUUAAAUGUAGCAGUUUCCAAUAUCAUUAUUUGUUCUUUUUUGCCUUCCAAUGCUAUUCCCUGAGCACCACACAGCCAUCGCUGUCAUCUGAGUAGUAUGAAGUGCAUUUUAGGACAUCAAGUUCUAAAUAGUUCCUACUUUAGCAAGGCUUGCACAGCUUAGGAUCUCUACUGGGGUGCAUACAUUUUGGUCUUAUAGCUGUUUUUGAAGUAUAGUAGUCGUACCUUGGAAGUCAAACGGAAUCCGUUCUGGAAGUCCAUUCGACUUCAAAAACAUUUGGAAACCAAAGCGCAGCUUCUGAUUGGCUACAGGAGGCUCCUGCAGCCAAUUGGAAGCUGCGGAAGCCCCGCCAGACAUUUGGCUUCCAAAAAUAGUUCGCAAACUGGAACAGUCACUUCCGGUUUUCAAUCGUUUGGGAGCCAAAACGUUCGACUCCCAAGGUGUUCAGGAACCAAGGCACAACUGUAUCAACUUCAUCAUCAUCAAGUUAGUUUAUUCAUUUCCAUAGUUAAACCAUGGUCAAGAUGGCUUACAACAUGAAAAGAUUUGCUCAAUUAAAAAAAUACCAGAAGUAGCCAUAAGCAAUAAAUAAAAACAUUUUAAAGUGGGGUUCUAGACUAGGGUUGGGGAACCAUUUCAGUUCAAAGGCCACACUUCUUUGUUGUGGGGGCCACCAAAAUACAUCCAUUCACCCAUUCAUUUUCUUACUCUUAACCUGCCACAUUAAGGCUUGGAAAAAGAUUCCUAUUUCAGGAUACUUUUUUCAAGCCAGAUUGUGUGGGGCCAUUUCUGCUGAAGGCGGCGGUCACGCUGUGCAGAGAGUUGCAUCAAUUCACGUAUCUCGCUAACCUUUGAACCUGCACAAAAAGUAGAUUAGCACUGUUCUCGUAUUGCAGAUUGGUUGUGGUGAGACUGAAAUGUAGUAGCUUUGAGUAAAUCCCUUGCGUUCAUUGCUGGGGUAAGAAGAUUUGAACCUGGAACUCCUUGUAAGUCACUUCUUUUGCUCUUACCAAUUGUGAAAAUUGUACCUGCUUUUGUAUUGGAAAUUCCUUUUUAAAACCUUCAAGCUAAAUGCAUUUAGGUCUCUUAAAAGCCAGGAUGGUGGCGUCAGUCUUGAGUCUAUAUCUUCACAGGACGGACCUGUGGUCUUCUUAGCAUCGCUCAGUUUGAACCCACCUCAAGAAAGCAAAUGUUGCUGUGAUGGUUUAGGCAAGCGCUGCAUAUGCUCCAAAUGGGAAAAAGGAAAGAGAAAAGGGAGCAAGGUUAGGAGAAAUAUAUGUGCUUUCUUUGCCGUCUCAGGAUGUUUUGUGGGCUGUAUUUUGCUUGUUGAGUCACAGGGUGCCUAGGCUUGACUUCAACCUUCCUGUUCUGAUAGUGUUUCCCCAAAGAUAAGAUGGUUUUGGAUUUGUUAAAACAAAAACUGACCAUGGGAAGCAGCUGUUUGUUCUUUCUGGCAGUUCUUGAUAGCUUCCGUCUCCUUUGUUCUUAGUUUGUGGAAAUAGGUCUUGCAAACGAAUCUACACUUAGCUGAUCCCUUCCUUGGAAAAUACUGAAAGCAGUAUACAGUCGUACCUCUGAAGCCGAACGCCUUUAAACCUUUUAGCUCCCGAACAGUCAAAAACCGGAAGUGAUUGUUCUGGUUUUUGGACGUUUUUCAGGAGCCAAAUGUCCGGCACGGCUUCCGUAGCUUCCAAUUGGCUGCAGGAAGCUCCUGCAGCCAAUUGUAAGCUGCGCCUUGGUUCUCAAACCAUUUCGGGAGUCAAACGGACUCCCAGAACGGAUUAAAUUCAAGAACCAAGGUACGACUGUACUGUACUUGCAGGGCAGUGUCUCUUCCAUGUCUGACUGCGUGCUAGCUUAUAAACCUGGCCAGCAAUUGUUAUCCAGACUCCUAAUACUAAAUAAUGUAGGCACUGAAAUCUAUACAAUGUCGGGUGUUAUUACAUCUGUGUAGUAAAUCGGUUCCUAGUGUUGUGCACCCUUUUGCUCUGGUAUUUUGCAGUAUGAAGAGAUGGCGGUGACUUGAGCUUGGUGAAUUUUACUUAGAAGGAUAGUCUAGAUUGCUUUUCAAACCUCCUAAACAACUUGCAACGCCUUAAGAGACGGGAGUGGUGAAGAAUACGUUUUAAAAAUGGGAAUGGGAAACCUGUGGCCUUCUAGAAGUUGCCUGGCUCCAGCUCUCACCAUCCUUUAUAGUCUGUUAUGUUGUUUGUAACUGGAGGGAGUUGAGAGUCCAGCUGCAUCUGUCGGGAAGCACAGUAGUGUUUUGAUGUACUAAAACAAAGUAAUUAAAUCAUUUACUCAGUGUAAAAUAAAAACCAACAUUUAAGCAACUAAGGCCAUAGAUUUAAAAGCAAAGAGUGAAGAAAUGAAAGCUUCUGUAUUGCUAAUUAAACACUGUUAAGCCUGAUGAAAGAAAUGUGCUCACUGCCUUCAAGUCUUUGGGGAGGGAAUUCAUCAUGAGGUUGCUGUCACAGCAUAUGCAAAUACCUAAAAUACAUAUUUUCAGGCAAUUCAGGUUAAGUUCCAAGGCAGUGUGUGCAUCAGUGAAAUAAUGUAUAUUUGAAACGCUGUUGAAAAAGAUUGCAAAAAGAUUUUUGUGACAGUUUUGGGUCACUUCUGGGUUCAGUGUGAUGCACGUAUGUGCGGUCAUGCACAUACUGAGUGUGCAUAAAUGGUGGGUUGCCUGUAUUUACAAAUACCUAAAAGAAAUGGUACUGAAUUUUAUGAUGCCAUUGAGUUACCUUUGAGUAAACCUUAGUUUAACUUGUUGCUAAUUAUGGUUUUAGGGACGCGGGUGGCGCUGUGGGUUAAACCACUGUGCCUUGGGCUUGCCGAUCAGAAGGUCGGCGGUUCGAAUCCCCGCGACGGGGUGAGCUCCCAUUGCUUGGUCCCUGCUCCUGCCAACCUAGCAGUUCGAAAGCACGUCAAAGUGCAAGUAGAUAAAUAGGUACCACUCCGGCAGGAAGGUAAAUGGCGUUUCUGUGCGCUGCUCUGGUUUGUCAGAAGCAGCUUAGUCAUGCUGGCCACAUGACCUGGAAGCUGUACGCCGGCUGCCUCGGCCAAUAAAGCGAGAUGAGCGCCGCAACCUCAGAGUCGGCCACAACUGGACCUAAUGGUCAGGGGUCCCUUUACCUUUAAUUAUGGUUUUAAUGCUGAUUAAGUGCUGCCUUGGGAGUGAAGGGAGGAUUACAAAUACCUUAAAUAAGUAGAUGUAUGCCGUUUAUGUAGCAUUUCACCAUUUUUUAUAAAUGCUAAGAUAAUGUUGCAAAGUAUUUGUCCAUUCCUGUGCUUCUGUACCAUAUGUUUUUGACACUUCUUCUGAUGUUCACUAGUUCUGUGAGGUGAAAUUCAGAGCGACACUGAGAUCGCUGUCAGUGCAAGCAUUUCGGCACAGUCUCCCCUCAUUCCCCCCCUACUCUGUUCUGGGAGAACCAGGGUGGGGUACGUGGGAAAAGGGGAAAGCCCUGUUGUGCUAGUGGGACUCACUCCACUGGCUUCUGCUGGCACAACUAUUUAGUUGAAUCCAGUCCAAAUCUAAUACACCCCCCCAUUAAUGCUGUAUUCCAACACCUGAAUAACCAGCUCUUAAUCAUUGGGAUCGUUGUAGAGCAGGGGUAGCAAAUGUGGUGCUGUCCAGAUGUUGUGGGCUACAACUCUCCUUGGCCCUAUUCUGCUUGGUCUGAGGUGAUGGGAACAGAAGUACACAACAUCUGGAGAAGUGUUAAAAACUCUCAUUCAUAUAUAUAUAUGUAUAUAUAUAUAUAUAUAUAUAUAUAUAUAAUCUCUUUAAGCAGAGGCUUGACAACCAUAUGUCAGGAGUGCUCUGAUGGUGUUUCCUGCUUGGCAGGGGGUUGGACUCGAUGGCCCUUGUGGUCUCUUCCAACUCUAUGAUUCUAUGAUUCUAUAUAUAAGCUAGGUGCCAAAUGGCCUCUUAAAUCAAAGUUAGAGUUGCCAAAAUGGAAGGUCUAGUUGCCAUUUUGGGGCAAUGGACUGACUGCGAUUGAUUCUCAUUUAAACAUCUGGCUAGUUCAGAUGAAAACCUUGAGCCAGCUUAAGAGCUUUGAGUACUUAAAGAAGAAAAGUCACUUGAUCCAGGGACAGUCCACAUAUAUAUUGACCUAUUCCAACCACUUUUUCUUAAUUGUGGCUGCUGCUGAUCGGGCAGCACAGAAAAAAGCAUUUUGGUUCCAGAAAUUCAUUUUUAUUGUGCACUUAAAAUAUAACUGAUAGAAUUCUACAGGAUGGGGUAUUAGUGUGUGAAAACAGUCCAGAUUCCCAGAUGAUGGGGAUGUCAGGCACUAUCCUGGCACCUGGGCAUCUUCACUUUGUUGCAGGUGGUUGAAAGCCAUGUGCAAAAUGUGCCUGUGUCUGAUCUGGAGGGCACCAGGAUGGCUAUCCCUGCUGCAUAGCUUAUAGGAACUGAGCAGAGAAUCUUUUCUGCCUACAAACUGAAUGCUAGUGCAAAGCAUUCCAGGUGCUUCAUAACCACAAUUGAUGGAUGCUUUUUACAAUAACCUUGUAGACUCCAAGAUUAUAUUGCAGCAAGGGCAGGGUAUUGGGGGUGAGGUUGAAAAAUAACGGAUUCCCCAAGAUCGCCAGGUGUGUUCUGGAUGAGCCUCGGAACAGGUUUUAUCUGCCUCUUGUUUGCCUCCAGUCUACACCAUCCUUUUCCAAUUCCCUAUUGAGAGAGUGCCUGAAGCCUGUGUCCUCGCAGCUAUGAAAAACCCUCCAGUCUUUUCCCUCCUUACAUACUCUUUGAACUGCGGUUAUUGUCUUGAAAAACACUUUCUUGUAAAAAGAAAAAAAAACUAACACAGAUAAAUUCUUCUUCUACAGAUUCAAUUGACGGGGUGACGAACGGUGAUGUCUACCAGGUAAAUGGAAGUGAAAUGAGCUUUAAAGCAACUAGUUAUUGGAUGACUCUCCCGAUAAAGAGUUUUAUUAUUCCUCUGGCUUUUGCUCCCAUCCAGACCGUCAGCAGAUUUGCGCUCGAUUGCCGUAAUGGUGUUUGCCUCUUACAUGCCAGAGUUGGCAAAGGUCAACAAGCCCAUUCUUUAACUGAACAAGGGUGGAAGGGCCAGGCAAUGGGUUUUGUGGGUUAAAAGCACUGUCAGUCCUCAUCUGCCUCUCCACAGCCCACACACCCAAGAAUGAGCAACUGAGGUGGAUGAAAGGAAGAGCUCUAAAGGCUUCCAUUACUGUCCUCGUGGGAAGAGGUAAUCUCUUGCCUCUGUCUACACGGAAGGGAAAGAAGCAGAGGUGCCUUAAAGCACGGGUAGAGCAGGGAAUUAAUCAGGAAGUCCUUAGAUGGGGUGCCAGUUGCCUGCUUCUGCCACAAAAAAUGGAUUUUAAAAUGUGCAUUUUCCAUUUUGGGAAGCUGUGCCUGGCACAUGAUCAGUGUGUUUACAAGUGCAUGUUUUUCUUUUUCUACUUUAUUUUUUGCUAUAUUUGUACCCCACCUUUCCACCAAGAAACUAUGGGUGGCAUAUAUGGUUCUCCCCCUCCCUAUUAUAUCCUCACACCAACCCAUUGAGGCCCAAGUUUGCCCCAGUGAGCUCCAUGGCUGAAUGAAGAGUUGAACCUGGGUUUGCCACCCGCUAGUCUGGCACACCAACUAUUAAAGUAUGUUGGUGUUUCGGCAGCAAGGGUGUCAUAUAUCUGUCUGAAUUUGUCCUUUUAAAGCAGCAGAUGUACCCCUCUAAAAGUCUGGAUUUGGGAAAGCAAUGCAGCCUAACUAGUAUGGGCUGUUGUUAAAGAUCAGUGACAUCAAACUUAAUGAUAGUAGGGAAAAUCCAACAUGAACUAGGGAUUUAUUGUAUCAGCUGCUUAUUUUCUUCCAUCACUUUGUAUUUUGGAGAGAAUUGUUAGAUAAUUUGUCUUGUCUUGGUGCAUUCUAUAAAACGCAGUUUCCAAAACUUGGGUCUCCAGCUGUUUUUUGGACUACAGCUAUCAUCCCUAGGUAGCAGGAUCAGUGAUCAGGGAUGAUGUGAACUGUAGUCCAAAAACAGCUGAAGACCCAAGUUUCGGAAACCCUACUAUAAAGCAACCGUCUUCUGAAUACCGCUGACUUGCUGUAAAACAGGUGAUGGGUAACCAGUGUUGUGGGAUGGGUGGGAGGAAAAAGACUCAUCAAUAUGUCAGUUUGACAUGUUCCUUGGGUACUUCUUUCUCUUCCUGCUCCCUGCACAUUAAUUGUUGCAGGGGUGCAGUCCAGGUACCUCCUACAGGUUAGUAUUGUGAUGGUUGCUGACACAAGAGUUGCUUCUAAUCUGUUAAUUAGGAGUGGAGGCAAUUUAGGUUUACUAUUUCAUAUAGGUAGGUAGGUAGGUAGUCUGGACUAGCAGUUGAGGCAGGUAGCUCUUUUUCUUAAAGACCAGCCAGAAUCCCUGUUUUCUGCCCUUGUUUAAAACAUUCCCCGCCCCCUUCAUUUGAAGCUAAUGUCUUAUGGCAGUCUCCCUGCACUAGUCAUUUUGCUCAAAUCUCUUCACCCUUAGAUCCUGCUAAUUUUUAAAGUUUUUUACUACAAAAGUAGCACUAUUUUAAGGAACUGCAUUUUUAUCCAAUGGCUAUCACAAAAUGAUUGAUCUUUUUUGUGCGGUUCAAGGAGAGCAACGGUCCGACGGACUGCUAUGCAGCUAUUUCGCAAGCCGAUCGUUUGCAGACAGAACCAGAGAGCAUCCGCAAAUGGAGAGAAGAGCAGCUGGAGCGUCUAGAAGUACUUGGUAAGGGCCAAGGAACAUGCCCACUUCUACCCUAGCUUCUGACAAGACCUAAAGAGCAGUGACGGUGCCUCCAUCCCUUGUUCUGAGAUGCAGUCAAGGGCCGGUUUGACCCCCAUCCCAGUGUGAAUAGCAGAAUUGGUUGGGAUCUCCUUGAAUGCACCUCCCUCGCUUUUGCACAUAAGAGGAGAAAUCUAUUACCGCUUCUGUUGCAGUUCUGUUGCCCUCUGCUUGCAAUUUGCAUAGGAGACCAUGUCUGAACAGCCUCAGCACUGGGUCCUGCACUAGGGACUAGAUGAGAAAGAUCCUGGAGACUGUUGGUCAUCGUCAGACCCUCCGUUGCCUUUCCCUUCUGUAGCUCCUUUUGCCAUAAUGGCCCGUUUUAAGAAUUAGUGCCUUGCUUCAACACAGGAGAGAAGCCUGAUUCCUUAUUGCCUUAUGUAUAGCUUCCUAUAGGCAGCGUUGGGUAAGCACAAAGUACACAAUUAAAUUUCUUGCCUAUAGUAACUCAAACUCCUGGAAAUUAAUGCAAAUGUAUAUAGUUACCCCUAUCUUGUAUAUUUCUCCUUUUGCCAGUUAUGAGGGAGGGGUUGCAUUGGCAAUGCCAGCUUUAGUGUCCUGAACUCCUAACCUGGGCUGGGUGACCAGCAGCCCUCUAGAUCAGGGGUCAGCAACCUUUUUCAGUCGUGGGCUGGUCCACUGUCCCUCAGACCUUCUGGGGGGGAUGGACUAUAUUUUGAAGAAGAAAAAAAAUUAACGAGUUCCUAUCCCCAGCAAAUAACCCAGAGAUGCAUUUUACAUAAAAGGACACAUUCUACUCAUGUAAAAACACCAGGCAGGCCCCACAAAUAACCCAGAGAUGCAUUUUAAAUAAAAGGACACAUUCCACUCAUGUAAAAACACGCUGAUUCCAGGGCUGUCCGCCGGCCAGAUUGAGAAGGCGAUUGGGCUGCAUCUGGGCCUUAGGUUGCCUACCCCUGCUCUAGAUGAUGCUAGACUUCAACACCAUCCAUAACCGUUGACCGUGGAAGUUGGGAGUCCACCAGCCUCUAGGGGAAGCCUCAGUUCCCCCUUCCUUACAUGACCGUUGGCAAUCUUAGUCAACUGAUCCUCUGUUUGCCCAUACAUUGAAGCAACUCUUGCAACCGAUGGGGCGAGGGACUUUUUUAAAAGAAGAAAGAACAAAUGAGAGCAGAGUUAAGAACUGCUGUGGGUGUUGGUCAGUCUGGUGAACAUUUGCAAAAUUACAUGGAGAGUUUGGGAAAUGGAGACGGAACAGUCAAACUUGUGCUACCGGUUGAGCUUGUGUACCUGAAGCUAAUGCUUAUCUCUGGAUUCAAACCACUGAACCCCUCUGUCCCUGCUCCAACAGCCCUUUAAUCCAACAUUGUUACUGUCAACAUCGGGAGCAUUUUGGAUAUCAAGCUGACUGGUUUCUGCUAGUGUGGUGACUCUUCGCCCUCCAGCAGCUCCCUGCCUCCCAAAGCCUUUGCCUACUUACAGUUCAGAAUCUUAGCUAUAUUUAGCUCUGAGAGCAAAUGUCCGUUCAUUCUCGUCUGCCUCUGUUUUAAAAGAUGCAAACUCUCGAAAACAAGAAGCAGAGUGGAAAGAGAAGGCGAUAAAGGAGUUGGAGGAAUGGUAUGCGAGACAAGACGAGCAGCUACAGAAAACGAAAGUGAACAAUAGGUAAGGAGGGUUUGCCAGCUUUUUUGUGGAGGGGACUGAGAGGUGGCUGUGGAUCAGCUGCAGCCCAGUUGGCAUUCUCUGGUGUAUGGCCCAGCAUGGUGUUGGCCCCCUGCAAACCAUAAAUAGUAAGUGGGAAGCCAGCCUCCAGAAUACCCACCCCUAUGUCCUCCCUUCUCUUGUGUGAAUUCCUCUGCCACUCCCUUCCAUUGCUUGCCAUUUUUAACUUUGGUGCGGUUAUUACACUAAAUGAUGGGUGAGGCCUGUGGAGGGAAUCCCCUUCCUUUGGACAGAAAUGGCAAGGAAGCAGUUAUUCCCAAGAUUAGGUUUGUUGUGAUUUGCAGGGAGUUGCCAUUGUGCCUGCACCGGAUCCCUUAUGAUAAGCCCGACUGUUGCCAGAGUCCUGUGGGUACCGCUCCUGAAGAUCAGACCUUGGUUACGACAUGCUGCUAUUCGUAUAGGCAGAACCCUGUAACAUGCAAGUUAAGAAUGGCAUAUUCCUUGUACAAUAAUGGGGAAGGGAAAAGAAGUACAGUGGUACCUUGGUUCUCAAACUUAAUCCGUUCUGGAAGUCCUUUCCAAAUCCAAAGUGUUCCAAAACCAAGGCACGCUUUCCCAUAGAAAGUAAUGCAGAGCAGAUUAAUCCAUUCCAGACUUUUAAAAACAACCCCUAAAACAGCAGUUGAACAUGAAGCAUGCUAGAACAUGCUAAAACAGCAGUUGAACAUAACAAGCAAUAAUCAAUGUACUACACUAUAAAAUAAAUAAGACAGUAUUGUAGAUGAUUAAAAUUUAAAAAAAAUCUUACCUGCACUGAUGAUAGUCAUUGUUUGGAUGAGGGCCUUUUAUCCAUUUCUGCAGUCACACAAUCAAUCAAUCAAUCAAUCAAUCAAUCAGUAGCUGAACUGGGUUCCACACAGUCACAAAAACAAAUUAACUGAAAAACGCAAAAUAAAUACCAAAAACAAUAAGCGCCAAACUUAAUCCGUUCCGGACGUUGUUUGACUUCCAAAAUGUUUGAAAACCAAGGCACAGCUUCUGAUCAUAGCUGUCAACUUUUCCCUUUUCUUGUGAGGAAUCCUAUUCGGAAUAAGGGAAUUUCCCUUUAAAAAAGGUAAACGUUGACAGCUAUGCUUCUGAUUGGUGCAGGCACCCCGGAAAAAGUAGCCGACAGCCGAAUCAGACGUUUUGCUUCCAAAAAAUGUUCCAAAACCAGAACACUUUUUUGGUGUUUUUGGUGUUUGAGAACUAAGGUACCACUGUAUUAUGAUGCUAAGCAGCCCUUCUAAGAGCUACAUGGUUCUUUCCCAUGUGUCCUUAAAAAAAACAAAACCUAACUCUGCUUAUGGCAAGUCUGGAAAAGAAAAAGGUGACAUGCUGAAUUCAGAAUACUUGCGCUUUCUCAUGCCAGCAAGGUGAACAGGCUUUAUCGUGCAAUUCAACACGAUCAUGAAACUAGGCCACACAAGCUGCUCAACAGCCUCCCAUGCUGUGUAGUAAUCCUCUUUUUAUUAAAGGGGCUUUUUUCUGUAGUAGUUGUGAUUCUUCAGGGCAAAAGUCUUUUUCAAAGAGAAUGAGUAAAAGAAAAAAUUGCAGGGUGUAGCCAAAUCUUUGAGCAUGUCUCAAAAGAGGAGUUAGAACUCUAAUGGUGAUUAGUCCUGGGGAAGCCAGUAUAGAGCCGGAUUGCGUUGCCAGUUUUAUGCCAGUAUUAAUUUAAAACACUUGGCAUUGUCUGGGCUUUCUUCUCAAGCCGUAUGCUUGGACGCAUAAUAAUGGCAGCAAUGAUUCACUAGGACUCAGGCACAAUCCACUGGGUGUCCUCAGCCGAUGGAAAUUGGCGGAACCAGUGAGACUUCAGCAGAACACGAAUGCAUAGUUGUAUUCAGUGUGUCUUGCCCUGAGAGCCUUUUUUUGCAUGUUUGUUGCUGAAGGCCUCCUUUAUAAAUCAACUAACAAAAUAAAUACUCUAUUGUAGGACUCCCUGAGAAGUAGUAAGCAGGCCACUCAUUUAAUUGAGCCUAAGUGUACUUUGCUGUCUGGUUACGGUGUAUUGACUUAAGAUAUUGUGGGUGGGAGUAUCUUAUAGAGGAGAAGAUUUUGUAGGACAAAAUCUGAUGAUGGUGGUAUAAAUUAGCAGGGAGGUAGCCUGGUCUUUGUCUGCUUAUUGCACUUAGCUGAUCAUUUGUUCAGUCCUUUUUCCCCUCUCAUUCUCCCCCCCCCCCCGACUUUCUAUAAACGGCUAACUGCCUUUUAUCUUAAGAACCAACUCUCAAAUCUAGAAGAAACCUGCUUCCUCCUUGUUGAAAACUACAAGCAGCCAAAGGAGGAAAGCAGAAUUCUGUCAUUCCUCAAAAAUGUUCAGGGUGGGGUGCCUGAAGUCACCUUUUCUGUUUUGCCAACAACCUCUGAUGUUUUAGGCUAAAAUGUGGCUAUUUAUCCAAGGCUGUGGAUGGAGCUUUGUGUCCAAAAUGUGGAUUUGAACUCAGGGCAUCCUAGUCCUAUUUACUAGUGGCAGAUGAGUCAGUGGUGGCACAGGUUUUUGAACCCUGUUUUUGUGCCUUUUUCAUAACCUAGUAAAGCAGCUGGGUCUAUAAAACCAACAAGUUAAAAAUCUACCAAAUCCACAGUACGCUAUUUUUGUUUCAGGUGACCAAUAAUUCAAAUUAAUACUGAUAUAUUCCUGCCUAGGAUAGUUCAGAAGUCCUAUAGCUGCAUUUCUUCUUAUUUAUCCCCCACUUUUUCUUAACAGAUCAAUAAAAUAUUAUCCCCACCCCCACCCCACCUCAAAAAAAGUCUUAUAGCAUUCAGUUACCUUGGAUUGGUCAUGAAAUUAAGGAUUACCGUAUUUUUCCAUGUAUAACAUGCCCCCUUGUAUAAGACGCCCCCUAUUUGGGGGGACUCAAAACUAAGAAAAUGGGGAGGAGAUUGCUCUCAUGAAAAGACUACCGCCCUUUUUAAAACAUUAUUUUUAGUAAAAAACAACAACAACCUAGCCUAACAGUAGUUGAAAAACAUGGAAAAGUACAGUAUUUCUUCCUUUAAUUGCUAGGCUCUUAAGACAGAAGACUGAAUUUGUCUCUUACUUAGCUAAGUUUCGCAGUGCUGCAGUUUUGAAACUUGUACAAAUAUGCAAACUGUUUAAAAUGGGGGACGACAUGACAGUUUACAAAUCUAUUUCAGUAGUCACAAGCAGAGUGCCUUGGUUUGCAUUGGUGCACCUGUAAUGCAGAACCAUAAGGAAGGCCUGGGCUGGGAGGGGGGGUGUGGUAGAGUCCGACUCUCAGUAUGAAAAUUAUGCUGUGAUGGGAACCAGCCUUGUACCUGCUCUGGACCAGAGCAUCCUUUUAACGAUGCUUAAACCAUUUUCUUAAUAUUUUUCCUGCCUGGUAAUUUCUUAAUAUUUCUAAGGUCUUGUUGCAUGUUUUAAUAUAUUAAGCCUAAUACGACUACAGCUGUUUUUUCCUUCUGCUUAUUCUUCUCUUUUUCUCUCCUGCCUGCUUGCCUCUUCUGUGGACCACCUUGCCACCUAGGGUGGCAGACGAAGCUUUCUUCAAACAACCCUUCGCUGACAUGAUUGGUUAUGUGUAUGUUGCCUAACUACUGUUUUGUUCGUUCGUUUGAACCAUUCUCCAUCAGCUUCAGUUAGCACUUCUGAUCUGUGAGGCUUACUGUUCUCAAAGUGUCCCGAGAACAAACAACUUGGGGCAGAGAGGCACGUUCUGCAAUAGAGCAAAUAGCAAGGAUCCAGGAUGUGGGAAGGAUGUGGGGCAGGGCGAGUGCAGCUUUCAUUCAUAAGAUGGAAAGGCCUAUUUAGUGGUGAUGAUAAAGUAGGAAAGAAUACUGAUGCUCAGCAAUGGCCAUCUGGCAUCUUUGCAGCCACAUCUGGUCCAUGAAGCAAUUCGUGGGACCCUUGGCUGUCCUACCAACUUUUAAUCAACAUAUAAUGAAAGUUUACAAGUAAAACUGAAAGAAGGAAGAGGGGCUUCCUAAGCUGGAAGGAGAGAUGUUCCACAGCCAAUAUUUUUCUCAUUUGGCUUUUGAAUAAAAUGCUGAAGACUUUAAUUUCUGGGUGGCACAGAUUUGAUUAGAGCCUGACAAUCCAUGAAAGGAUGUAGAUUGUACUGCAAAACAGACUUACUCCCUAGUCCAGGGAUCAGCAACCUGUGGCCCAUGAGCCACAAGCAGCCCACGGGCCACCCCCGAACCGAGCUGCCUGCUCGGCGAGUCCCCAUGAGCGAUCCAACCCAUGGAGUGAUCUCCAUGGCAGUGAACCAGCCCAGGCGAGGUAAACCUUGCCAGCCCCUGCCUAGUCUGACAGCUGAUGAGAGAACAGCAUGGUUUCUGUUACUAUAUGGGAGAUGGCCAUCCAUGCUGUGGCUGAAAUAAAAUAGUAGGAUUGAACAUUGCUUGCUGCUAAGUCACACUGCCGAGUUCUGUAAGUCUUGUAGGAAGCGGGUCUGCCUGAAAGGGAGCUGUCAAAGGUAUGUUGGAAAGGAAAUGCCUCUUAACAAAGCGCAGUUGAGAUUUUCCCCAACUAAAUUAAGCUGACAGGUAUUUGGAAAUCUGAAGAUUGGAAGAACUAGUGCUUGGUUAUUUCUGUGUGCCAGCAGCUAGGUGCUAAACAGCAACAUAUUGCGCAGUUUAGAAAUCUGGCCAUAUAAAGUUGGGUGCCAGGAGCAUGUCCAACUUCAGAGCUGCAUGUGUGCUAUAAUAGCUUUAAAAAGCUGUGCUUGAUGAGCAGUAAGUAGUAUAUAAAACACAGGAUAGGAGUCAGUAGGGAGUGCAGAAGGCUUGGAUGCAUUUUAUCAAAUUAAUUGAUUAAAAUGCCAAUUAUGUUGGCAUGAAGUAUGGUAGGACUGCUAUAUACUACAUGAAUAGGUCAGAUUUGUUGCACUUCAUAUAGAGAAGAAAUAACCAGUAUCUUUCUAUUUCUGGAAGUUAGACUUUUUUUUACUCUAAUAUUAGAUUCAUUUGUCUGAUAUUCUUCUACACCAACCUCAAAUCUACAGGAUGACCAUUUCCGUACUAGGAGUGCUUGCACAUGUGAUGUUUCUUGGUUGGUUGGUUGGUACUCUGAAUUAGGAAGUCUUCCACCCUGCAGUGCACAUACUGAGAACGUGAUGGUCCCUAUGCUGGUUAGUGCUAGUCAAGACUGAGGAGCAGGAUCGUCAUAGGAGGCAGAGCUGUUGCCUUGCCAAAUAGUGGCCAGCCUUCCCCAGCCUUGGGUCUUGAUACGCUGAUGGAUUACAAAACCUGUCAUCCCCAGUCAGCAUGGCCAAUGGCUGGGGAUAACAGGAGUUGCUGUCCUGCAACAUCCGGGGACCCAAAAUUAGGGAAGGCUGCUCCAAGCAAUGAAAAGGAGCAAGAGCAACACAGUGCCCUUGUUGCUUGUUUGGUUUUUGAAAGCCGUCCCCCCAGUGGCAAGAUCAGGAGGCGGCAGAAGUUGCUCUGCCUCCAACUUCAUGGGGCAAGCUUUAUUUGAUUGACAUGGCCCCACUCAAAUGACCCAUUGGGAAAAACAGAUCAAACUGGUGACCCCUUAUACAUCAGAUCCUUCCUGUUUCACAGCCUGUCUGGUCCACCAGGAGAGAUUCAUGACAGCACCUGAAGAGGCAGAUGGUUCUUGCAUGCAAGUUUCUGUUUCAUGUCUUGUAUUUAAAGCCCACCCCCCUAGCGGUGGAAAUUUGGUUUGACAGUUACCUAGAAUAGUGUUGGACUUGUGAAAUGCUGGACUCGCAGGUGGUGUUUGCCCUUUUCUGUAAUGCAGAAGGACUUGUUUCCCGUAGCCAGUGGGGAAGAAAAUUCUGCAGUGCCGUUGCUGCAGGAUAACAUGGGUGGCAUGUUUUCCUGACUGUCGACGGUGCUGCAAGAAGUGCAUGUCUGGCCAGCUUUACUUAUCAUCUGCAUUAUGCUCAUUUUCAUUUUCUAUAUCUGACUUAAACUCUCCUUCUUGUUUCUCUUCACCUUUAAGCACAAACAUAAACCAUCCUUGCUACAGCCUAGAACAGUUAAGUAAAUUCUUCACUGCCCCUUAAGUGUCUUUGUCACAUGAAAUAGCAGUGUUGUAGUGACCCCCUCGUCAUCAGUGGUGUUUGUAAAAUACAAUCAUCCUUGUGAACUGUGCUUAACCUCAUGGGAUCCAUCAUCAUUGCUUCUUUUCUAUACUGCUUGUUGGAGUAGAUGAAGUCAUCCUCUUCCCUCUCCCAUAAUUAGGGUGCUCACGGCAUCCGCCCAUGUGUGAAAUCCAGGGCAUCACUGUUUGCUUUAACUAGCCGUUGGGGGUGGGAAUCAUUUUGUUCAUGCAAUACGGUUAGCAGUGCACCAGUGUUGGAAGGAUAACAUAGAUUCUUACAGAGAUGUCCACUGAGCACAACUGUGUGUAUGGAGGAAUAGGCAAAGUUAUCCUCUGAGCUGACCUUUUGUUGAUCUCUCCUGCUCCAACCGAUACCAUCAAGUCCAUAGCACUUACAAGCAUGAGGCCUGUGACUCUUUUGCUGCUUCACCAUAGCAUUGGAAAUGCUGUCAUAUACUCUCUUACACUAUGGUUUUGUGAGCCUUGGAAAUGGUGGCAUUUGAAAACUUUAAGGGCAGUUUUUAGUACAAAUUCCUAGCAUACUCAACCGGGAUGGUUAGCACCCCCCCCCCCAAAGAAUGUGUGCCCUAUCCAAAACUUGAGGAUGAUAAGGAGAUUGGAAUCUUGCCUGACCCUACCAGUUAAUCUGAAUUCUGUGCAUUGGAUGAUGUCAUGUUUGCACCGGGACCUCUGCAUGUAAAGUCCACCCUUUGGGGCUCCAAUUACAUAAACUGCACACCUUGAUUUUGUGGCAGUCCCAGUCUCCCUCGCUAUACAUAGCCGGUGUACCCUUGAACAGCAUCAUGAAGGUACCUUGUAGUUCAAGGCUGGGUUUAUACUGUUCGCUUAAAUUAAACACCUGUAUUCCAACAUUUUACCUGGCUUCUCCGGUCCUGUGGGCCUGACUCGCUACCCCAUCUCCCUUGUCAGGACUUUUUGGGGAGGAGGAUGUGGGGGAAGACCUCAAGGUGCUACAGUUGACUUGAAGCCCAUUGUGUGUAGGGGCGAGGGAUGGAUUCCAGGAAGCAAAGGGCUCCUGGGGGCAGGGAAUGUCCACGGAUGAAAUCAAACAUUGCACUGCAUUGCUUCUAGGGCAGCUGAAGAAGCCUUUGUGAACGAUGUUGACGAAUCUUCCCCAGGCACUGAGUGGGAACGUGUGGCUCGGCUCUGUGACUUUAACCCCAAGUCAAGUAAGCAGGCAAAGGAUGUGUCCCGCAUGCGCUCGGUGCUGAUUUCACUCAAGCAGGCUCCGCUGGUUCGCUGAAGGGGAAAGCGCACGCCACACUACAAAUGCAAUAUCUUUAACUUUACUCAGAGAAGCUGUGUUUGCAGUAAUUGGAUUAAUUAUGUUUCAAUGUUUUUUGGGGUUUUUUUUUGUUUGGGACCAAACCUCAUGACGUACUUAGAGUUUGAUCAUUGUUUUGUGAUUGCAUGUUUUUUUUUCUCCUCCUCCCCCUUAUCCGUGUCCUCCUGGUUGUACAUUACUGGGAAGAGACGUCAAGAACUGUAGUCUUUGGGCUGUCUGGCGCAGAGACUUCACUUUCAGCUGUACUGAAAAUUAAAGAUCUGUUUAAGCGGCACUCUUGUGUGGGAUUUAAUAAGUCAA